GUGUGGGAUAGCCCCUCCCCUAGGAGCGUGGUUCUGAGCGAGCCCUCACGGUGAGGGGGCGCACCUUCCCCUCCGCUGGGUCCCGCCGCCCCGAGCGGGCCUCGUGCCCCCACAUGGCCGCCUCGGGGCAGCCCGCGGGGCGGGAGCCGGGCCGCUAUAAAGGGGCGGGGCGGGCAGCCCGCGCUUGUCCUGGCGAUGUCGCGGCCGUCGCUGCUUCUCCUCCUUCUCCUCAGCGCACCCGGCGCCCUGUCGGCCCCCCGCCGCGGGGGCGCCGCGCCGCCCGCCGCCCCCUACCUCACCCGCUACCUCGCGCAGCAGAUUGAUCACUUUGGAUUUGAUGAAAAUCUUACGUUCCAGCAGCGAUAUCUAAUAGCAGAUCAACACUGGAAGAAAGACAAUGGACCAAUACUAUUUUAUACAGGCAAUGAAGGAGACAUCACAUGGUUCUGCAAUAACACGGGUUUUAUGUGGGAUGUGGCUGAAGAACUUAGUGCCAUGUUAGUAUUUGCUGAACAUAGAUAUUAUGGAGAAUCUUUGCCCUUUGGAAAUGAGUCUUUCAGUGAUUCCAAGCAUCUGAAUUACCUGACAUCAGAACAAGCUCUGGCAGACUUCGCGGUACUAAUUGAGUACUUAAAGGAGAACGUUGUAGGAGCCCGUUUUAGUCCUGUCAUCGCUGUUGGAGGCUCUUAUGGAGGAAUGCUUGCGGCCUGGUUUAGAAUGAAGUACCCCCACGUGGUAGUUGGAGCUCUGGCAGCCUCUGCCCCAAUCUGGCAGUUUGGUGAUUUGGUUCCUUGUGGCACUUACUUCAGUAUAGUGACUAAUGAUUUCAAGAAGAGUGGGAAGGGCUGCUCAGAAAGCAUCCGGAAUUCCUGGAAUGCCAUUAACCGUCUUUCCUUAACAGAUGCAGGUUUACAGUGGCUUUCCAGCGCAUUUCACUUGUGCAGCCCAUUAAAAAAUCUUCAGGAUGCUGCUACAUUGAAGAGCUGGCUGAGUGAAACAUGGAUAAACUUGGCUAUGGUGGACUAUCCCUACAAAGCUGACUUUUUACAGCCUCUGCCAGCUUGGCCUAUACAGGUAGUCUGCAAGUUCUUGACAGAUCCCAGUCUUCCAGACAAACCAUUGCUGCAGAAUGUUUUCCAGGCAGUAAAUGUCUACUACAACUACUCAGGAGAAGCCUCAUGCUUUGACAUGUCUCAGACUGCAACGAAGAAUCUGGGCCAGAUGGGUUGGUACUAUCAGGCUUGUACUGAGAUGGUGAUGCCCAUGUGCACAGAUGGUGUCAAUGACAUGUUUGAGCCUCAGAAAUGGGACUUCGAUGCACUUUCGGAAGAGUGUUUCAGACUCUGGGGAGUGAGGCCUCGCCCCUCUUGGAUUCUUUCUAUGUAUGGAGGGAAAAACAUCAGUUCACACAGCAACAUCAUCUUCAGCAAUGGUGGCCUGGAUCCGUGGUCUGCAGGGGGGGUGACCCAGAACAUCACUGAUUCCCUCGUGGCAAUUGUGAUCCCAGAUGGAGCUCAUCACCUCGACCUACGCAGCCGCAACCCUUGUGACCCCAAAUCUGUGCAGCAAGCUCGAGCCUUGGAAAUUCAUUACAUGAAGCAGUGGAUUGAGAAGGCCAGGCAUAACCAUUGAAGUGGUACUGUAACAACUGUGGCCAUUAUACCUCCCUUGGCUUUGCUGGGAGCAGAGCUGGGCGUUAUCACGCAGUCUGAAUGUCUCACUCCUGCUUCCUCACCUCCUUUGCAAUGCUAACCACUGAUGCUUGUGCCCAGGAGAGGAGAAGGUGAUAGAUGGAGAGCAUUCUCCAGUAACCAACUUUGGUUAAUAAAGUGCAUGGAUUAAGCUGCCUGCUCUGGCUUGCUUUCCUAUUCAGCUGUUCUCAAAUGCUGCACCUUAUGGUAGAGUUCCUGUUCUAGGCUUGAUGCCUUCCUUGCUGCAUUAGAUUAUCAUCUUGGAUGCUGGGAGAGUGUAUACGUGGAUUAAAUGGCAAUCCUGCUAAUGUCCAUGGCUCCUGCUGCCUUCAGUGGGAUUGAAUUUCAGACAUCCUCAGCUGGAAUAAACUGUCAUGGCAGGGUUAUGAAGAGAAUGAGGGAACAAAAAUCACCUCUGAUGUUUGUUGGAGAGGUAAGGAAGGGAAGGGGGAAAUGGCUGUGCAGUUUAUUUAAAAACAAACAAACAAAACCCCCAACCUAAAGAAAACCCUAAACCUAAAACAGCCUUUACCUUUAUGGAUCAAUGCUGGAAAACAAAUAUUUUUUCCUUAGUUUUCUGGCAGCUUAUUAAUCAGAGCUGCCUUAAGUGGCUUUUCCAUUCUACUCUGUACUGUAUGGUCAGGGCUGGUCCCUAACUCUUUGCUGAUAGCUUGCUGAGCAUGCAUAAUUCACACCAGGAUUUUAUUUCCUCCAUUGCUGUUUGUCCUAACCCUAGAAUAUCUGCCACUGUGAUAACGGUAGCCAAAAAAACAAAAACAAAAACAAAAACCUCUGGCUAUAUUUUGUGUCUGUGUGUGUCCAUGUGUGUGUCCCCUGCACAAACACUUAGCGUUUUCAAAUCAGGAAGCUUUCUCAGCUAUUCUCUUGAAGAGCAAAUGUGACACUUGUGCUGGCUAGAUCUUAUGAAGAGACAAAUAAUAGGGGCUGUGCCUUGUGUGGAGUCCCCCCCCCCCCCCCCCCAUUCUGUGUAUUGUUGAAAUUCUGCAUGAUCUGUUUGCUGAUAGCUCUUUAAUAAAAAGCCUUUUUUAAAAAAAUAUUUGCAGGACAAACUAUUCAAAACACAGAAUGCAGCUAUCCUCUUGGAUCAGCCUCCUAAAGCAUGAUGCUGAGCUCAAGAAGCCAGGUGCACUAGGGCUCUCUGUAAAGCUUCCAAAACAGACAAACUGCCCUGAUUCAUGAGACUGCAUAUUUGAUGUUAAUAAAUGGCUGGGGCAGUCCCCUCGUUUUCCAGCUUUGGCUUCAUUCACACUGAAGCCCUCCUUCAGAAAGGAUCCUUUGCAGUUGUAAGGACAAUUACAUUUCAGAAAGAUGUGGGCAAGGCUUGUUGGGCUGAGGCUCUUAAAACUCCGAUUCUGUUGAAAAGUUUCUCAGCUUUGAUGAUAGUUGAGUAUUUUCCUAAGACACCAGGUGGCCUUUUUUGUUUCCACUCUCCCCCCAUUCUCUGGGAACAAAGCAUACCUAACACUGAAAUUUUAUCUUUUAAUAAACUCCUGUGAAUCCUGUUCUUCCAAUAGUUCCUGGCAUACUCAUCUUGCUCUAAUAUUCUAGAAACAGUUGUUUUAAGCAAUGCAUUUAUGUUCAAAUUCGGCAAUCCGAAGCUCUCCUGCUCUUGAGCAAGAUUAUUACUUCAGAGCAUAUAGAGAGCAAGACCAGAGAAGAGUCAUAGGGGUGAAAGGAAGAGCUAUUCAGAACUUGCCUAAAACCUGUUGACUGAAAGCUGUUGGCAGUCCCUCUUCCAAUAGGUCCAUUUUUUGCUGGUAUCAUGAUGUAAAUAUACUCCCAUCUAUUGCUCAUAUGCUUUAUAAUGAUGUGUUGGCUUUGAAUUUUUUUAAAACCAAAAAAGUUAACAUUUUCUAAUCAACUGUGAGUUACAAGUCAAAUAUUUUUUUAAAAAAUACCAUUGUAUCUUAAGCAUUUGUUACUUUGUGGUAAUAAAAUGUUUUACUGAAAGGCAAGGAAUGGAAUUUACAAGCAUAAAUAUAGAUAUUAGGAUCACAAAUGGAUUGUAACUGAACAAGCAAGAGGCUGGUCCAGCUCUCUCUAACCGCAUAGAGUGCUUUUCUGAGUGCAUGUUCUUGGAAUAAGCACUGUCAUGCUGUAUGGAGAUGAAUGUGGGGAGAUUCAUGCAGUGGGCUGAUAACAGUUCAAAUUAACAGCCACUGUAUAUCAUAAUUGCCUUAGGUCUCCUCCUCCUCCUCCCUUACCGGCUAACUUAUUAUUUCUCAGGAAACAACUUGGUUAUUGUUUGGAAAACACUGUUAGUUUCAAGCAAAGUAAUAGAAAUUUUCAUUCCUUUCUUUCUUUCCCCUUUAUAUUUUUCCUUUUUUCAUUAGCAGAAAAAAUUGCCUUUAAGGAAACUUAAACCCUGCCAUUUUCAAUUUUGAAUUUUGAGAAAUUGUAUUUAAAAGCAAAACUGUUCAUCUUAAAAUCUGUGUACCCAUCUGUAUAUGCUAGUGAGAGACUAUCUAUGUUGUUUGGCUACCUCGUUUAAAUGUUAGUUCUGCCUGCCUGUUUCGUGCAGGUCAGAACAGAAGGGAUCUUUGGAAAUUGCUGUCUUCCCCCUUCCCUCUCUGGUCAUAUAACAGUGGGCCAUAUUUCCUCUCAGGUUUGUAUGUGCCCUUGGUAUGUGUCAUGAAUAAUUUGAAUUAAAAUGCAUGUUUCCCAUGGAUCAGAAAAAUGCAAAAGGAAAAAGAAUUAAUGAUAGCUCUACCCAAAGCAUGAAUUUUACUGCUGAAACUGCAGUUCGUAUCAAUAGAAAUGUGAGCUUCUGGAUUCGAUUUUAUUUUAUAAGGACAUAAAUUUUUAUUCCCAGACAAAUUUGGAGUUCUGCAAAUGUGUAAGUAUUAUCUUGUUUAUGCUUGGCUCGGAGUGGGAAGGUGACAGUACUUGAGCUAAUACUCAGUUAUGCGCACAACAGUCAAGAUAACAGAUUUUGAGUUUCUACACUCAUUUAGUAGUUUCCUGUUUAAGAGGUUUAGCGAACUAGUGAGCAGAUGUAUUAACUGGUUGCCCUCAUUUUGGAAGCUUAUUCCAGUCCCAGCCAAACAAACACUUCCUACAUAUCAGUGAUGAUGAAGGUUGCGUGGACAGACUUAAUGGUCCAUCACACCAGCCCACCAACCUGGCAAGUGGAGGUUUGACUGGACUGCAUAGCCUGAAAUGUUUAUCAGGGAGGGCUAAGGCUGCAGGUUGUUGGGAAGAAGCUACAUAGCUUCUGCAUGCACCUUGCUGGUUUUGUAGGUGAUUUUAACUUUGAAGAUAAGCAAAUAGUGCACUGUCAAAGGAGGCUACAGAAAAAGCCCCUCUGGGUACCUGGAACAUGAUUCUCAAAUCACAGGAAAAGUGCAUGCAAAGUGAGAAUGAAGGGCAAGUUUUGCAUCCCAUACUGUCUGUGCACCAGAUGAGUUGCAGACAAAUGUCUGCGCUUUACACAAAAGAAAUUUUUACUACAUCUGCUCUUAAAGAGAAUUUUAGCUGUUGUGAAUCUAACCUCUAUGGAGUUGGAAAGAAACAUCAAUAACCUAAAGAGUUUUCUGUAUGUUAAACUUUCACAUUGACAGUUGAUAUAUCAGGAUCUUCCAGGACAAAUGAUAGAAUAAUGUCCUUCUGACAAUCAGGUGAAUGGUAUGAAAGACGCACAAAAACAGGGUUGAAAGAGCUCAGGGGAUCAUACACUCCAAGCCUACCUCAAGAAAACACCAGCUGUGUCUAAGCUGUUCUCGAUAGGCAAUGGGUGCAAGAUUUUAGCUCUCUGUAAUUCAGGAGAACACUAUAUCUGUGCUGUCUUCAGCCAAUGUAACGAGUCGCCUGCAUUUUGUGAAACCAUGUGUUUAGAGGAAAAAAAUGAAAUAUUUUUAUGGUCGCUAGAGUUGAAAGCAAAAAUAAUAUCUGUCUGAAACUACUCACAUUUGUGUCCUGAAUACUUGCACUUGCAGCCUUGGCAAAGCUGAAGGAGUUACUUGUACUAGAAUAAGACUGCUGUGGGGACAGGUUUGUGCUGUUGAAACAAUAAAACAGGUCCUCACAGAGCUGGAUGAGUAACACACUUGUUGUGUGUUUCUGAAAUAAACUGCUGAAUGGAUGUUCCUUAAAAUAUAAAUCUUUCUGGAGCUGAAACUAUGUAUGUGAUAUUUUAGUCCCUAAUAACAUUUUAAAAAUGAUCAUUUAAAUGACUUUAUUUGAAUCCCAUUUUCUAUCUCUUUCAUUUUCUAUGAUAGUGUCAUCAGUGUUAAUGUAUGGCAUAUUACUGUGUGUUGCUACUCUUGUCUCUAUAUUUUUUAUAAUCUAGCCUUGUCUUUGGUUGCUCAUGUGUUUUUGAAAUAAAGUCAUUGUUUUACAAAAAUGAUUCAUUCUUUAUGAA